CACCCUUCCGUCCUCCACUCCACUUUCCUUUCUCCCCUGCCUCGGCCGCCUCCCGCGCCGCCGUUGCUCGGUCGGGCGCGCCCGCCUCGGCCGCCCUGCUCCAUCCGCUUGGGUUUUUCACCGCUGCUGCCACGAGGUGCAGGCUCAGGCCGCGUCGCGACGAGCCGCCCCUCGCUGGCACGCGCGCCCGCGCCAGCAAAAAGGCCAAGAUUCCCGGCCUCGCCUCCAGUCCCCUCCACACCGUCCCCUCCUCCUCCACCUCCCCCUGCUCGCCCCUCUAGCCCAGAUCUGCCCCCCUCCCCCGCCCCGCUCCCCGCGCCGCUAGAUUCGCCGCCGACAUGCGGCCGCCGCGCAGCCUCUGACCCAAGGGGAAUUAAAAGACUUCAGCUUCCGAGGCUCCUCUGCUCCGCGCCGCGCCGAUGGGGUGCGGCCAGUCCAAGCUGGAGGAGGAGAAGGCGGUGAGGCACUGCAGGGAGCGCUCCGAGCUGCUGGCGCUCGCCAUCCGCCACCGCUACACGCUCGCCGACGCGCACCGCGCCUACGCCGACUCGCUCGGCAGGGUCGGCGUCGCGCUGCACGACUUCGUCCGCGGCGUCCAGACGCUGCCCCCGCCGCCGCCCGAGCCCACGCUCCACCUGCCCCCCGGCAACCGCAAGGGGGACGGCCUGCCCGCCGCCUCGCCCGCCAAUAACCCCGCAAUCGCCUCCUCCUCCAACGGCCAGGCGCCGCCGCCCGCCGCCAAGCAGGUCCGCAUCAACCCCGACGACGAGCACAUCCAUUUCCACUCCGACGGGGACUCCGAUUCUGAGGAUGGCCACAUCAAGUUCCACUCCGACGACGAGGCCGACCCGGGCCAGCGCCGGCCCGAGAUCGUUCGCUCCGCCGGGGACCCGGGCCAGAGGCCGCCGCCGCAGCAGAUGGGGCCGCCGCCGUAUGGCUCCUCCGCGUACGGCCCGCCGCCGUCGUAUGGUGCUCCUCCGGGGUACGGGUAUGGUGGAUACCCCCCUCCACCUGACUACGGCGGCAUGGGAGGGCCCGGCGGCUAUGACCCGGGCUAUGGUGGCAUGGGGGGCGCCGGAGGCAAUGUACCGGGAUACAGCAGCAUGGGACCACCGCCACCUAGCAGUGGUGGAUAUGACCCACCUGGCUACGGCGGCAUUGGUGGCUAUGGACAGAGCUUCUUCAACAUGAACUAUGCCCGCAGCCAGCCCCCACCGCCGUCCGUUUCACACCAGCACCGCCCAGAGGCCACCGACGCCACCGUCCAGACCUUCUUCAACAUCAGCUAUGCGCGCGGCCAGCCCCCGCCGCCGUCCGUAUCUUUUGAGCAACGGCCGGAGGCCAGCGAUGCUACGGUUCAGACCUUCUUCAGUACCAGCUAUGCGCGGGGACAGCCCCCUCCGCCGUCCGCAGCAUACGAGCAACGCCCUCAGGCCAGUGAUGCCAGAGUCCACUAUUAUGGUGACGGCGGCGCGCAGCCACCCCCGCGCGGGUACAAUGGGUAUGCCUCCCCGCCGCAGAGUUCCUAUAACCAGUAUGCCUAUGGUGGUUACUACGGCGGUGCUGCUGCUCCACCUCCGGCAGAUAUGCCAUCCUCCUCCCGCGAGGAAGCCGUGCCACCACCGCCUCCAUCUCCGCCGAGUGUGUCUACUUGGGAUUUCUUGAACCCAUUUGAGACCUAUGGGAGCUACUAUGACCAGCCAACUGCUGCUCCAGCGCCAUACACUCCCAGCAGGAGUUCCAAAGAUGUGCGCGAGGAGGAGGGCAUCCCCGAUUUGGAGGAUGAGGACAUGGAGGUAGUCAAGGAAGCUUAUGGCGAUGACAAGCACCCGUUGAAUGGGCACACUGGGAAAGGGAAGGCGGCAAAGGAGGAAGGUCGGAGCAGUACUGGGGAUGAACUGCCCCGUGACUCCAAGUCGUCGGUGCCAAGUAGUAGUGGGAGCAGCUUGGAUGAUGUUCAUGUAGUGGAGAAGAGUGUUGUCGGAGAACAGGCACGUCAACAUGUUGCUGGCCUGCCGCCCACAGGUUCAGAGAAGACGUAUGUUCAUGACAAUGAGGUGGUGCUCGAGAUCAAGGCUCAGUUCGAGCGUGCCUCCAGUUCAGCCGGCGAGGUGUCCAAGAUGCUUGAGGUUGGCAAGAUGCCUUACUACCAGAAAGGUUCUGGUUUCAAAGUAUCUGCGAUGAUGUUUUGUGGGAUUCCGACAAUGGAGGAGGAGUUCCUGCGGUUUGAAGAGGACAAGGCGAUGGGAUGUGGCAACCUUUCCUCGACGCUGCAAAAACUAUACAUGUGGGAAAGGAAGCUUCUUCAGGAAGUUAAGGCUGAAGAGGAGGAAAGGCUUAAGUACGACAGGAAACGCCAGGACCUGCAAAUGUUAGAUGAAAAAGGUGCAGAAACUGAAAAGAUCAUAGCCACUGAGAAGGAAAUAAGGAAGUUAUCAACAAGGAUAAGCAUAGCUAUUCAGGUUGUGAACACUAUCUCAGGCAAGAUCAGUAAGCUAAGGGAUGAUGAGUUAUGGCCACAAACAUGUGAGCUCAUUCAAGGGCUGAUGCGGAUGUGGGACGUUAUGUUAGAAUGCCAUCAGAUCCAGCUGCAUGCCAUAUCCCAAGCUAAAAACAUAGACUCCAUGAUAGAUGGUGCAAGGUUUGGUGAAGAUCACAUGGACUUGAUCAAGCAUCUAGAGCUUCAGCUAUUGGACUGGACUACCUGUUUUGCCGGAUGGGUUAACGCUCAAAAGAACUAUGUUACUACGUUAAAUGACUGGCUGCGGAAAGGAGUUGAGUAUGUGCCCGAGGAAACGGAUGACGGUGUCCCUCCAUUUUCUCCUGGCCGGUUAGGUGCACCGCCCAUCUUUGUGAUAUGUAAUAGCUGGGCAGCCGGUGUGGCGAGGAUAUCCGAGAAGGACGUCGUCAAGGCAAUGCAAGCCUUUGCGUCCAACGUUCUCCACCUCUGGGAGAAGCACAGGUCACAGCAAAGGCAGGGUAUGAUGGCUAACAAAGGUAUGGACAGGGGCCUGAGAGUGAUGGAAAAGGAUGAGCAGGCAAUGCGCAAGGCUCUGGAAGCAAAGAACAAGAAGCUUGUCCUGGUUUCUGAUCAGACAGGCGUGUCCUUGUCCGCGCAGGUGUUGCAUGGCGCAGGCCCCCAAGCCGAAAAUAGCAGUCUGCAGUCGAGCCUGAGGAAUAUUUUUGAAGCGAUGGAGACCUUCACUGCUGCUUCCUCGAAUACUUAUAAGGAGCUCAACCUUCGCGCUGAGGAGGAGAAAGCUCGAGUCGCCGGAGAGAGUGGCAGUAGUGUUCCGUAGCUUGCAUGGUCUGUGUUUGCUGCUACAAUUGGACACAGGCCUAUGUCAGUGCAAAGAAAACUGACCCUGGUGAUUCAGAUCGGGACUGUAGUGUGCAUGGCCGUGGCUCGAUUUUGGUGGCAGGCUUUCAGCUGAUGCACUCUCCAUCCUUUGAUGCCGAGCAGGUCCGAGGCAGGCUCAGACAUGAUGAUACCUCACCUUGUUGAAUUGAGAAUAAUAGGCGUUGAGGAUUGGAUGGCCGGCCAUCUGUUCAGGCCAUACCGGAGAAGGAGCAAGGAAACUGUGGUGUGAAUCAAGAUGAGGCACUCGGCUACCUGUGCAUCUCAGCAGCACAGCAGCAAUGGCAGCCAAUCCUUGAGCUAAGCAAUGGGGCUUCACGGCGCCGAGCUGCGUGAGGGGUUUCCAUACACCGCAUCGCGUAAAAAGAAGAAAUCGAUGGUCAUGCUGCCAGGCUUCAGAACUGCUGGUAGAAGAGCUGCAUCCUGCUGAAUCGUCGGCGUACAGACAUGUUGCGGACAUGGCGGUCCCUGACGCGCCGAGGGAUACAAUGGGGCAUGGUCACAUAUGGGGAGCCUGACGGCGGCGGCAUCGCCGGGGGAGCGACUCUUUCAGUUGUAGUAUUAUAGGGUACUUGACCCAGAGGCCGAUCGGCGGGCUUGAUCGACCGUAGGAUAUAGUAGAUGGGUAGAAUUUUUUGGGUCGUUUGUUCUUGUUGUGUUUAUUCGUAUAGAAGAAGAUAUGAUUGAAUUGGUGCCGUUGGUUGGUUGUUUGUUUUGUGUACAGCUGCUGGUUAACUGAACUUAGCCUGUUGUUUUCUCUGUGUGUGUCA